AUGUCACCGAAGCUCGUGCCAGGACAUCGCAACCUGGCAUGGAACAUACCCGCGACUCUCACUGAUGAGAGGCCAGUGCUCGCCGUCGUUGAGCUCGUGAUCCGAAGCGGCAUCAAUCUCCAGGAACCCGGCACGCCUCUUAACAACCUUCUACGAAAAUUUCUCGAAUACUGCUCGUCCUUGCCCGAUGCCCGCGUCCAUUGCGGACAGAUUCGAGAUCAAACAUCAUCUGUAAGCAUCCUGGUUGAGCUGCCUUCUGCUAGUGCAUGGCAGGAUUCUCAAGCAUCAGCCGCGCUGGACUUUCUGGUCGCGACAUUCGAGUCCAAUCCAAUCUGUAAUUGCUUGCUUUGGACGACGCCGCAAACCGUCCAGAUAAGUGGUACUGUGGAACUAUUCACGCCCCAAUUAGGUACAGCAGCUAAUGAUUACGCCUCGAACGAAGUCAAGCAAUUCGAACAAUCAUGGACAGCAUUCUCACGGGCCAUCGCGGCAACUGGAACAUGCAAAGCUCAUGGCAAUUGGGUUGAGCCCUAUUGCAUGGUCAACCACUUUUCCAACUCUCCCCCGGGUCGAAGAGCGGCCCUUUUCACAGCGUACGACGCCCAGCGCGCAACUUUCCUAGGACUUCUUUGUGGUGAGCCCGCCAAUCGAGAUGACAUGCAAAUUGUUGUGUCAGAAUUUGUGCUGAAGUCCGAAGGUCGUGUCUAA